AUGACAACCCCAGACAGCAACUACGAUGCCUCAGCCUCCGACUUCACCUGGCCCAACGCCAAAGCACUAUGGGUUAUGGUCAUAAUCGCCGCCGGCCUGAUCGUGCUACGCAUCAUUUACAAAGUCUGCAUGAAGAUGCAUCAACGACGGGUCCAGCGAGACAACGAACAUGAAUUCGCCGAUUUGGUACAAGGGUCGACACGAGUUAGGCUGGAAGACGAGGCCGUCACGAGCAGUGACGAGAAGAAGCAGUGA